GGGCGUUUCCAUGGUAACCGGAUGGGCUGACUAGUAGGUCUCCAGCUCAACCCAGGGGAGCCGCUGGCCAUCUGAGAGGCGAUGGGGGACGUGGGGUAAGGGCUUGGGGAGCGGGCCGGAGCAGAGAAACCGAGCGAGACAGUAAGGAAAGACAGACGCGAAGACUUCCGGGCAGGGAGAGACGCAAAGCCUAUGAGGGCCCACUCGGGGGCAGAGAGAUUCAAGGAGAGACCGUGAAAGUAAUUGAACAGAUACAGAGACCGAGACACCGGUAGGAAAGGAAGUCAACGGGGAGGUAUUUCUCCUUUCAGAGACCUAGAGAAUGUGAUAAGAAGCCAGAGGAUCAGAGAGUCAGGGCCAGGUAGACAGGAGUGUCAGUAAAGUUAGCAAGAGGGAGGGAGAUCAAGAAGGGGUGGAUACGAAAGGUGAGACAAAGUGGGAGAGUGAGAAUAGAUUCACAAAGACAAGAAGUGCAGAUAUUGAGAUUCAAGAGACAGAUAAGGAAUACAGACAUACAGAGGCAAGAGGAGAGGAAGGGACAGAAAUUAGAGAUGGAUUGAGAGUUUUCAAAGACCUAGAGAAGGGUGACAGACGGCAAGUAGAGACAGUUGGAGGGAGACUUGUUAGGGAAACUUAUCCAAAAAUUGACAAUAGGACAAAAAAGGAUGACUGGGGGCCCUCUCUGCGUUUCCUAGCAUUGUCUACCAAGCCCACUUCAGCUUAUCUGAUUCCCUAUAAGAAGUAACUCUUCAGAGGCCAGAUUGCAAAUGCUUGGCGUUAAGAGUUGUAUCAACCUUACGACACUGAGACACCCAGGCCUGCUCGCUUGUAGGGCACCAAUUCAACUUUGGGCUUUUAUUUCAGUGUUCCUUCUUUCUUUCUUUUCUAUUAAAGAAUUUUCUUUUUUAAUGUUUAUUUUUGAGAGACAGAGUGAGACAGUGCCAGCUGGGGAGGAGCAGAGACAGGAGACACAGAAUUCAAAGCAGGCUCCAGGCUCUGAGCAAGCGUUCAGCACAGAGCCAGGCGCCGGCCUUGAACCCACAAAGUGAGAUCAUGACCUGAGCUGAAGUCGGACACUUAACCGACUGAGCCACCCAGUCACCCCUCAGUGUCCUUUAUUUCUUUCACCCUUUCUGUUCUUUCUCAUCUUCCCGGAACCACCUAUGUCAUCCUGCUAGUUCCCUCCAUGAGGUAAAUAACUGUUUGCCAUGUACUCCUUGAGUUUAUUUUUAACUUAAAAAAAAAAAAAAAAAAAAGGAUUUGACAGUCUGAGCGGAAUUAAUUCACCAGGAUGGGGAACAAACUGGGAGAAAGAGGUGACAAAGCUAGGAAUGGAAGGAAGUAGGGAGGAUAAUGGAAAGAAAGCAGGCGGCGGGAAAAAUUGGAGAGAAAUUAAACAGAAAGCAAGGCGGCUUUGGGUAGAGACAGCCAACGGCGCCCCCGCCUGGGCUCUGCGCGCAGCAUCCUCGUCGUCGAACUACAUUUCCCGGCUGGCCUGCGAGCGCGGGGCGCAGGGCCUAGAGCGCCGUCGGGGACUGGCCCCGCGCGGACUAGUCCAAUCUCGAUAGUCGCCGGCAAUCUUCCGCCUCCGCCGACAACAUGGAGGCUGAGCUCGGCCGCCCCUGGGAAGAGGCGCUGUAAGGCAGGAGAUGGGGGAGAGCCGCAGCCCCAGCCGCCCAGCUGAAGCAGCCGGCCCGCGUCGCGGUCCGGAGGCAGAAGCAGGUGUGGCAGGAGAGGCCAAGAGGCUGCCCUUGCGGGCACGCUGGUAGCUACUGUGGAAACUGGCAGUGCAGAGAGGCUUCGUCAAGGUGUGUGGCUCAGGGAGGCGGAAUGAAGACAACUUCCCGCCUGCAGGUGUCGGGGAAGUCACCCCUUGGUGGGAUUGGCCUCCGCCACAGUGCCAAGCGGGACCGUAAGUCCAUCACCCUGCAUAUGAAGUUAGAGGUGCUUCGGAGGUUUGAGGAAGGUGAGAAGUUGACUCAGAUUGCCCGGGCCUUGGGGCUGGCCACCUCUACCGUCGCCUCAAUCCGUGUCAACAAGGACAAGAUCCGGGCCAAUUCCCAGGCAGCCACACCUGUCAGUGCCACGCAGCUGACCCGCUGCCGGGGUGUGGUGAUGGGCCAUAUGGAACGCUUGCUGAGCCUAUGGAUUGAGGAGCAAAAGCGGCAGAACCUGCCCAUCAGCACACUGCUCAUCCAGGACAAGGCACGACGGCUCUUUGUGCAGCUGCAGCACGAGCAGGGCAGUGGCACGCAGGCCGAGACCUUCGGGGCCAGUAACGGCUGGUUUGCCCGAUUCAAGGCUCGCAACAAUGUGCUUUUGACGGAUGAGCCAGCUGUGGCUGACGCCCAGGCUGCUGCCCACUACCCCCCAGUGCUGCGCACCAUUCUGGAGGAGGGCUGUUACUCACCACACCAGGUUUUCAACGUGGAUGAGACAGGCCUGUUCUGGAAGCGGCUGCCAGAGCGCAUGUUGCUGGCACUGGAGGGGGCAGCCGGGCCCGGCCUCAAGGCCUCUAAGGACCACCUGACCCUGCUGCUCGGUGGCAACGCAGCUGGUGACUUUAAACUGAAGCCUCUGCUGGUGUACCCCUCGGAGAAUCCACGUGCCCUCAAGGGCUGCUCCAAGGCCAGCCUCCCUGUGGUCUGGCGCUCCAACCGCAACGACUGGCUGACGCCCAGCAUCUUCCAGGAGUGGUUUACUGGCUGCUUCUGUCCUGCUGUGGAGAGCUACUGUGCCAGCCAUGGCCUCCCACACCGUGCCCUAUUGCUCCUGGAUGGCGCUCCCUGCCACCCUGCUCACCUGGGUGGCCUCUCAGCCCACGUGAGGGUGGAGUUCCUGCCCAAGAACACAUCGGCCCUGAUCCAGCCCAUGAACCAGGGUGUCAUUGCCACAUUCAAGGCCUAUUACCUGCGCCGCACGCUCAGCCAGCUGGCCCAGGAGACGACUGGUGAAGACCGACCCUCCGUGCAGGAGUUCUGGCGCAGCUAUACUGUCGUGACUGCUGUGGACAAUAUAGCCGAAGCCUGGGCAGAGCUGCAGCCUGCCACCAUGAACAGCGCCUGGAGGAAGCUCUGGCCCGAGUGUGUCCCUGCUGGCACCCCUGAGCCUGACACUGUGCCUCAGCUCCGCCGCAGCAUUGUGGCACUAGCUCGGCAUGUGGGCCUUGGAGAUGCAGCUGAGGCUGAUGUUGCCAGCCUGCUGCAGGCCCAUGGGGAGCCCCCACCCCACAGCAUCCCCCAGGAUGCAAAGGAGGGGGACAUGAGUGGUUCUGGGCUGCCCUGGGAGACAGGGAAUGGCCUGGUCUCUAGAAAACAAGAGCCAGAUUUCACAGAGGCUGUGGUGGGUGCAGGCACUGAGGAAGCUGGUGUGGGUGCUCUGAGCCCUGAGCAUCUCGCCCAGGCUCUGUCUCACUUUGCUGCUGGUUUACAGGUCCUCAUAGAGAAUGAUCCAAACCGGGAGCGCAGUCUGCGGGUCUCCCGGGGUGUCCACUGUGCCCUUGCUCGCCUCCGGGAGCUACACCGGGAGAGGAGGCGACAGUCUCGGGCAGCUGCAUCCUCAGGAGGCCCUGUGGUGGUGGCAGCAAGGGAGUUGGUAGGAAGCCUGCCAUUGCUCCAAGUGGGUCCCAUAGAGGGUGGGCAAGUGGCUAAGGGCACAGGUCCUGAAGGUCAGACCUCUGGCUGUCCUAUAUGAUUUGGGGCUUGGACUUGACCUCACAUGAGUUCUGUCUAAUGGUGUUUUGUUUCUGGAGGUCAGAUACUGCUGCUGCUUCCCCACGGUUCUCAUAUCUCAUGCUCUGUGGUCUUUGUAUAGUGACCCACGACUCUAGGCUUGGGGAACAGAAGGGUGGUGUCUUCUGAUUGGCAGAUGAGAUGCAGGGCCCAGGAGUGCUCACCCAUGACAGAGAUACACCCUGUAGUAUGGUAGUUGCCCUGCACAGUCUGCCAGGGUGGUUUUCCUUGUGGUGAGGGGCCAGAACUGAGACCAGCCUCUUCCAUUUUCCAAACCUGACCUCUCCCUGCACCAUUGUUACCCUUCCUAGCCAACU